UUUUAAAUUAAUAAUGAAAAUAAUUAAGUAUUAAUUAAGCAUAACAGGAAGUACGUCAUAAUGAGGCUUAAUGAAUAUCGUUAUCGUUGUCGGAUCAGGUCUGGCACCAGCAUAAAUCGUGGCUGAUUCGUCAAUAUCGGAUCAGGACAUUGCCCCAAAUCCACGGUCCAGGCUCGAUCAUCAGUAAUGAUUCAGGCCUGUAUCAGGACUGGUCCAUGUUCCAACUCUUGGGCGUGUAGUAGUACACCUAGUAGUCUUUCACAGGUAGAAACUGCUCCCGUGUCUUUGGAUUAUUAUUUAAUUCCAGACCUCUUCUCUCAGCUAAAACAAUGAUUCAUGAAGUAAUGAUUCAUUUAUUCUAUAAUAUUACAUAUCCUGUUAUACUACACAGUCUGAAGUAUUGUUUGAAACUGUUAAGGGUCCAUCAGGGGAGUCCGGCUAUCGCUUGAUGACUUUGAAUAAACCAAAAACACAAUGCUUUGAGUGGCAAUAUGAUUGACCUACUAACAACUGAUAUGAAGGUCUCUCUCUCUCUCUCUCUCUUCUAUUACCAUUUCAUAUUCUACCUUUCUCAUCAUAGUCGGUUGUACCUGACGACUCUAUCAACUUUAUGCUCGUCAGAGGAAGUGAAAAGGCUUUCUGUGCAGGAGGUGACAUAAGAAGUAAGACUCGAUUUACCAGUUCUUCUAACCAGUUUGAUAUACAGGAGUCACAGAGGCUGGUCAAACUGGUUCCCCAUUGGCUUAGACGUUCUUUUUCCGUGAAUACCAGUUGAAUUAUUUGACUGGUACAGUACACAAGCCAUACAUUGCUCUCAUUAGUGGGAUCACAAUGGGAGGAGGUAUUGGAACCUCUGUUCAUUCUCCAUAUCGUGUUGCUACUGAGACGACAACAUUUGCAAUGCCUGAAACAGCAAUAGGUUUCUUUCCUGAUGUUGGCAGAGGCUAUUUCUUACCAAGACUGAAAGGAGAACUUGGGAUGUAUUUGGCUUUAACUGGUCACAGAUUGAAAGGGCGUGACGUACUUCAUGGGGGCAUUGCAACUCAUUUAGUAGGAAAAGAGAAGAUUCCGUCAUUGUUGAGUGAACUCACUGAAUCAUGUGAUGAUCCGGUUAUGAAGAGAGACCCUCAUUACGUUGUGAAAUCAAUAUUGGAUAAAUAUCACAAAGAGAGUCUUAAUAUUGAUGAUAGAAGCUUUUCUCUCACUCCACAUGUAGAGCUCAUUGACAAGUGUUUCUCUGGAGGUAGUGUUGAAGAUAUACAGAUGUCUUUGUUAGAUGAUGGCUCAGAUUGGUCAAUCAAUCAAUUCCAGUUACUCAGUAAAAUGACCAACUGGUGGACUGACUUUAAUUCUCACUAUAAGCUUUGCAGGCAUUCAGUUCAUCAGGUUAAUAGCUGUCGUGACAUAGGUAUCAUCAUUUCUGACAGUCUCUCUUGGUCUUUACAUUAUCGCUCCAUUUCUUCUAAAGCCUAUGGACAAAUGUCACUGAUAAGGAGGACAUUCUCUACAUCGUCUAUCAAGGUUAGGAAAUUGCUCUAUAUUUCCCUGGUCUGCUCUAAACUAGUGUACGGUUCACAGUUGUGGCGUCCAAUGUUCAUUAAAGACAUUGUCAUCUUAGAAAGGAUCCAACGCCGGGCUACCAGAUUUAUUACCAACGACUAUGUAUCUAACUAUCGUGAUAGGCUUCUGUCCCUUCGCAUGCUACCCCUAAUGUAUACCCUAGAGCUGCUUGACAUCCUCUUCUUUAUCAAAUGCCUCAAGUUCCCUGAUCCUAGCUUCAAUAUUCUAGACUAU